AUGUUCUCGCAGGCAGUUUUGUAUGGAUGCGAGUGGUGCCCACGCCUGUACGCGUCGCGUAGCGGCUUGUUCGGACACUGGCGACGUAGCAAUGAGUGUCGUCUCUGUCGAACGCACUUCAUCAUGUCGACGCCGGCUUACUCCCCAGACGAUGGCGACUCCGAAAGCGAGGACGAGGCUGUCCCUGAACCAACCACCGCCGGCGUAGAGGAAGCCACCGGCGGUGCACCUGAGCAGAUAGAGCCUGCCGGCCGACGAUGGAUUUACAAUCAGCGACGAAGGGUCCGAUUCGGGAUGACUCUGCUGAUGUCCCGGCGGGUCUACGCGACGACGCCAUUCACCAUCCCCGGCUGGCCAUCCGCGUUCGAGGUUACUCAUACCAGUGGCAAGGAGGCUGUCCUGGAGCUAUUCGGGAACCCCGAGAAUGCUGAAGGUAUCGUCCUGUUCGCGACACAGGAGAACUCAGCUGCGGGGCGUGUCUACACGACGCCGCAGUCGGCAAGGUAUUGGCAAGAAGCGCAGAAGGCUGCCGUGGAAAUGUUCGGUGAAGGGGCCGUCGUUGUGCCGCUUAUCUUGUCUAGCGACGCGACUGUCGUCAGUGGAAACGAGCGCGUUCGGGUCUGGGCUGUCUACAUCUCCAUUGCCAACAUUCCGCUUCGUCGCCGAUGGCUUGAUUGCGGCAAGAUCCUUCUCGCACUCCUGCCAUUUCCACCGAGCAACAUGACCCCGGCGAUGAAAGUGGAGCUCUUUCAGGCGGCAAUGAAGAUUGUGCUAGCGGAUUUGAUCGUCGCGAGUCACACCGGGCUGGCGGCUACGGAUCCGUCGGGGGAGUCGCGCUUCAUUGUGCCUCUGCUCUUCUCCUACGUCGCGGACUACCCAGAGACGUGCAAAGUCUCAUGCACGCAGCAGCUGGGCUCCGCCAAGCCUUGCUCCCUGUGCGCCGUCGACUGUGCAGACUUACGCGACAUGGACCGUGAAGCUGCGCCCUAUCGGACCGUGGAAGGGCAGGAGGCACUCCUGGACGACCCAGAGCAGGCGAAGCUGUUCUCGACAUUGAAUGUGGCGAGCUUCCUGUGGGCCUUUAACUUCAGCCGGACACCCUGGGGCAACACAUAUCUCUCGCAGAUGCCAGACAUUCUGCAUGCGAUUUACAUCGGGUUUUGGCUAUACAUCAGGGGAGUGCUUCGUGGCACGUUUCAUGAUGCACUUCACAAGGACCAGUGCAUGACAACUCUGUACCCCGACGCCCGCCUCGCUGGGAUUCUCGUACCAGGGAAUGGUCACUACUGGGCCAGUGGAGCCAACUUCACGGCGUCCGAGCAUGCGGCGGUAAUGAUGAUUGUGCCAUUUGUCCUGGAGGGAGACGCGGAGAUCAUGGACCAGCUGACACUUGUGGCGGUGCUCCAGUGGCACGAGUCGUGCGUGCGCGCGACAUCGCACACUGACCAGAGCCUCGCGGAGUUUGAGACGGCAACGAGGCGCAUGAUCCAAAGCGUGGAGUCCGCCUUUCCACGCAGCGGCGCGGGCUGGAACCUUAUCAAGGUUCACCUCAUGACGCAUUUUCCGGAUGCGAUCCGCCGCGGAGGCCUACUGUGGGAGUAUUCGGCCGCGGUGUUCGAGAAUGCGCACAUCCGGACAUGCAAGCUCCCCUACCGCGCAUCGAACCACCGCCAGCCUGCGCAGGCAAUUGCGGCGCACAAUGUCCGCGCAUCCGCUCUUGCUCAGCUUGCUUCAGCCCUACCUGGGCGUCGGCGCAACCAGACGGCGCUGCUGCGGGCGGUGGCGUCGGGCACACCGCAGCUCACUCUGGCCCGGAAGUCGCUCACGGACCGCCCCACGAGCGGGAGCGAUGCGGCGUCCGUGUUUGAGGAGAUUGGGCGGCCUGCUCCUGUACUACGACACGGUGAUGCGCAACGCUGGCCUGCGGCCGCUCCCGGCCUGGGCCCACACGGCUUUGGCGCUGCCUACCAUGCCCACAGAUUUCGGCCUCAUAAGGCCCCACUACGCAAGGGCAGCGGCGUCCCUGCACGGGCACACUGCCUUCUCGUGUGUGGAGUAUGA